UCCUGGUUUUCUCAGUUCACCGUUCUGCUUUUCCCUGCACCCGCUUUACUCAUGUUGGAUUUACCUUUUCUAUUAUAUGUAUAGAUGCGGUUUCAAUUGUGCAGUCACACAGUUCCAAUUUGAUUUUAACCGUAUCUGUUUGUGGACUUUGCUUUUUGCUCGAUUUUUAUUUUUAUUUUUUCCUGUUUGUGCCUCACUGCUUCCCUCACAUCUCCGUCAGCAGCCUUUUCCUGCAUUACUUCUAACAAAAGUUUCAGUUUCAUUUCUUGGUCAUGGAUGAUUUCGUAAGAAACAAACUGCUUGAAUGGGGGCUAAGUGAGUGGGUGGAGAAAUUUAAAGAUGAACAAAUCGAUGCUGAAAGUCUGUGUGAGCUUGAUGAUCGAGAAAUUGAUAAUUUGAUCACAAAAGCUGGACCAAGAGUGAAAUUCAAGAAGAAACUCAAGCUGUUAAAGCUUGAACAGGAGCAUGAAGAAGCAGCUGGUCUGGUUCAGGAAGAACAAACCUCAAAUCAGGAAACAGUCAUUUCUUUUCAAUGUGAACAGGAGCAUGAAGAGGUACCUGAUGUGGUUCAGGUCUUGCCAUCCACAAGUGAUACAGGAAAGAGAAAAUCAGACCUUCAAAGUGAUGCCAGCAGGUUGCAGUCACCAGCUAAGCGACAGCGUCAGUCAAUGCCAGGAUUUGCAGAAUCAAUCAUACUGUCUGAUGUAAAAAACAUCAUGACAUUUGUACAUGCCAGACUAAAUGACCAAGACAAACUCAGUGCUUUCUUGAAGAAAAAGAUCAGUGAUUUGGAGACAGACAAGAGGGAGCUGGUUGGUGUCUUUGGUAAAACUGGGGCUGGAAAGAGCUCUUUGAUAAAUGCCAUCAUCAAAGAGAAGAAUCUUUUACCCUCAGGAAGCAUCAAUGCCUGCACCUCAGUCAUGAUAAAACUGGAAGCUAACACACACAGCUCAGAGUAUGAAGCAGAAAUUGAGUUCAUCACAAAGGAGGAGUGGAACGAUGAGUUGUGGUCAUUUCGUCAGUUUCUUCGCAAUAAAAAAAAUCAGGACAAGGAAGAUGAGGAUUAUCAUGAUGCUGUUGAAAAGCUGUCAGCACUGUAUGGAGAAGACUGGAGAAGGUCCUUUGAAAACCUCAUGGAUCGCAAAUAUUUCAAAGAAAUUCCAGAAUUUCUCGAAUCCAGGCGGAAGAUUUUGACAUGUGAAUCAGCUAAUGAACUUUCUGCAGAAUUUGUCAAGUACACAAGAAGUGAUUCAAAGCAAGGAGAAGGUAAUGAAGGAAAAAAGUGGUUUUGGCCACUAGUGAAGUGUGUGACUGUCAGGGUGCCAACCAAUCCUUUUCUCCAGCAUGUCACACUUGUGGACCUUCCUGGAAAUGGUGACUGUAACAAGAGCAGAGAUCAGAUGUGGAAAGGGAUAGUUGGAGAUUGUUCUACUGUAUGGAUUGUGACUGAAAUUAAUCGAGCAGCAUCAGAGAAAGAGGCCUGGGAUAUCCUGGAAAGUGUCAGUAGUCUGAUUGGAAAUGGUGGCGAAUGUCAGCAAAUUCACUUUAUCUGCACCAAGUCUGAUCUUCUUGAUGAUUCAGAUGAUCUUUCAUCAGCUGAUAUCCAUGAUCGAAUAGUUAAAAGAAACAUGCAAGCCAAGGAUGGAGUAAAGAAAGCAUUCAACAAGCGAACCAGGAUUAAGAAACACUUCACUGAUGACAGUUUCAAAGUGUUCACAGUGAGCUCCAGAGAGUUCCUAAAAGGGAAGCAUCUAAGUCCACAAGAGACCGAAAUAACCAAACUUCAGGGAUUUUUGCAAGAGCUCAAUGACUGUCACUCUGAGACAGUAAACUAUGUGAAUGGAGCUUAUGGGAUUCUGUCUUUGAUUCAAGGAGCCAACUCCAGAGGAGUGGAUAGCAAAAAAGGUGAGGUGUGUGCAGAACUUGAGAGAAUCAUGAACCUCCAACUUGAAAAUGUCCGAAAAGAAAUGGAAGAGACCUAUAUGGCUUUUGAAAAAUGUCUUAAUGAUGGCGUUGAGAAAUCCAAACGUUCAUAUGGAGAAAAACUCAAGAACUUCUUGUAUCGUGGAAAGAAGGGUGGUGCUUUUCACAGGGUACUGAAGUGUGUCGUUGAGAAUGGUGGCGUCCACAAACCAAAGAACGGGACCCUAAUAAACCUUAACAUGAAGUUGGCUUCAGGUCUGAUUGACAGCAUUGAUGAAGAAUUCAGAAAGACCUUCCCAAAUGACUCAGAACGCGGAGCAUUCAGUGGAGUCAUCAAUGAAUUUUCUCUUAACACUGAUUCUCUGACUGAAAAGUACAAAAGUGCUGAACUGCAGUUCAGGUUUCUCAAGACAGAGGAAGAAAAAAUUAAGGCAAAACUGAACAGAAUGAUGCGGAAACAGAAGAAAAGAGUCUACAGCAGUCUGAUAGAGACAAUUGAAGACAUUAUGGAAGAAGGCUACAAGAAGGCUGCAGAAUUUGAAGGAGAAGGCGUGCUGUACAACAUGAGGGAGACUAUUGAGAACCAUGUGCACUCAAAGAAGGACAUGUUUGAGCUGGCAAAAAAUACCAUGUUGGAGAAGUUGCACAGUUUGAUGGUAAACAUCCUGGAGAUUCUGAAGAAAAUUAUGAAGGAAUCCAUUGAACGUUCAUUUAAAACUGAUGGGAGCUCACUCCCAGAUGUUUCAACAGAACUUGAGAUGGUGAAGAAAUAUUGUGAUCAACUUGCAGCCAGUCUAGACGAUGAAACAUCACUGGAUUUGCUGACUGGGUAGAAACAGCAGAAGUCUGGACACAAACAGGUUUUCCCAGAGGAAGUGCUGAUUAAAACAAAAAAUCAUCUUUGAUUGAUUUUGUCUCAAUCAUUUUCAGUUGUUUUUGUGUGGUCUAUUUAAAAGUUGUUUGGUGACAUUUGACUUUGAUUUUGAAAUGUCUGUAUCUUUAAUGAUUCAAAUCUUGAGGCUGACAGAGAAGUUUGAGGAAAAACUGAAAGAGAUUUACAUUACAUCACUCUACAUAUAUUUCAAAUCUAUUUUAAUGUUUUUAUUUUAUGAAUUAAGUUAUGGCUCAUUCAGAUGCCAAUGACAAUUAUAUAGCACAUUUCAUUACAUGUAAUAUCAGUCUACUUGACACAGAAGACAAAAACAUGGUAACACUUUAUAAUACAGCCCACAACUAAGGUGUAAUUCCCCUGUAAUUAAAUGGAAUAUCAAUGUAUUUUAUCUAAAAUUACAAUUAAAAUUGUGAUUGUAUUUACCUACAAAUAUUUAAAGGUAGGGAUUUCUGAAAUGUUUAGUACUAUAAUCUAAUGAAUCCUAAAAUUGAUCUUGUAAACUUUGAGACAGGAUUGGUCAGUUAGGGUAAGUAGCUCCAUCUCCAUGCAGCUACAGGACUAGUUUUAUCCCUCUACAUUGUGUCCAUCUUUUUCCUCAAUUUCAGUAGUUCUUUUCACUGUGGAAUUAAUUGUCUGAUUAUGAGAUUAAAAAUAGUUUUUCAUCUCAACCUUUCACACUCAAAUAUGUGUUUUUGACAGGUUUUCAUACAUUAGAGCCACAGCAGAGGGUGUUUUUCUAGAAAACAAUAUCUGAAUUAGGAUAAGAUGGAUUUGUGUAUGAGAAACACAACUUGUCAUAGAUUUAUUUGUAAAAGUUUUGUUUCAAGGACACAUUCAUACUUCUUGUCAUGCUCUUUAAUUGUAAGUUUCUUGCUCACAACAACAUUUCUGACCUGUCAUCUAUGUUUAUUCUUCACAAAAAAAUAUUACAUAAACAUUGUUUUGGCAGUAACAUCAGCAGACUCUGUUGUGAUAUUUUGACAACAUUGUGUGCUGUUAACAGAAUUUGACCUCUGUCACACCUAACAGCCAUUGUUGUUGUUAUGCAGGUCUUUCCAAGUAUCCUGUGCCAUUUGUGUCCCCACAAAAGAACUGGGUGUAUUUUGUAUAAAAAUAUAUUAACACAUUAUUUCUAAAAGCUUGUCUUAAAAUGUUAAUCCCAAUUUUCCUUUGCAAUAAAUUCUACAUUUCAGGAAA